AUGAGCGCUGAGACUGUGUGUGCAAUGGCAGCGGAAGAGAAAGCGAUCGAGCCUCAGGGGGCCGUCAGCUUUGUCGUCAGUUUUAACGAGUGUCCUCCAAAACAGAGGAGACUGCCCAAAGGCCUGGCGGCGCGGAGGGAACAGCGGCAGGCCAAGGCAUCGUUCACGGAGCAGAGCAUCGCGGAGAAGCAGAGGAGAGCGGAAGAGCGGAGACAGAAACUGACGGAGGAGAAGUUGGAGAAACUACGUCAGCUAGAGGAGGAGAUGGCGGGGCUGGCCAGGAAGAUGCAGACACGCGAAUCAGCCCAGAACUCGACCAAAUCUGUCCCUCCUCCCUCCAAGAUCUCGGAGGACUCUGGGGGUGUCAGCAAUCAUGUGACGAAUGGUGUUGCCCACCACCCAGAAUGACUCAUUACCCUGUACCAUACAGGCAGUCAACAUUUUAGAAUGGGUAUGCUAAAUUCAUACUUCAUUUAUAUCCACGCAACGUUAUCAUGACCACAUAUUUAUUAUAUAUACUUCAGUUUUUAGCAUCCAAUGUCUCAAUCCUCUUCAUGUAUAUGUGUGUGAUCUGUAAGCGUGUUCAUUGGUUAAUCUGCGCAUGAAUACAUGACUUGUGACAAUGUUUAUCCCACCCAGACUUGUUCUUCGUAUGUAAUGUAGCUCCCCCGUGACAUUUUGCUGUGUCACCAGAUCACUAUCUACACAAACACCUUAGAGGUCUGG